CAGCUGCUUCAGAUCAAACCCAGUGAUUACACAUGCUGGAACAGAAGCAAAACAGAGUAGUCCUACUUGCUCCUAAAAAUACUAGUCCCUGACAGACAGCAAUCAAGAUGCAGAUAGAACAGUAUAUUUAAAAGAAGACAUUGUUUAGAUUAAAGGGGCAAGAAAAAGGGCAUACCGCAGCAUUGCAUAAUUCCUUGCUGAAAGUUGCUGCUGCUUAUUUACCGCCAAGCAUGGAAAAAAGACAACUGCAGAACCUUCUGGCCUCCUGUAUCAAAAUAACCUUGGAUGGGUCUGGACACUUUGGAUAGACUGGGGUUGGCACCACUUGCCAUUCCAUCUCAAGAUAGUAAAAGGUCUUCUUGUCCUUACCCUGCCAUCCCAUGGAACCUGCAAAAAGUAUCCCGGGGACCAGCCUUGCUGAGGGAACGAUCCCCUCUUCUUCGCCUUGAGGAAGAGGGUGGUGCAAACAGCUUGGAUUAAAGGCGGCUGACGCUCAGAGGGCCUCCCCUCCCUUCCCACAAAGGAGGCACUGCAUUAAACCAAGUUUCGUUGGGCCCUCGACCGCAGUGGCGCGCGCGAAAGGACCAGCACGUGUCAGCCGCGUGGGGCCCUUGGUACGGUGCGGGUAGCGAGGGAGGCAGCACGCGGCUAGCCGAGAGAAGUUCGGCAGACGAAUCGCGUGUUCGGCGCCCAGCAAUGACUGCGAGCGACCAGGAGAGCCGCAGGAGCAGUUCCACAGUAGUACAAGGGCCACCAAGGAGGGCUCCCGGUAGGCGGGCUAUCCUUGGGACAGGGCACGGGCUGUAGCUCUUGCUCUCCACCCUCGGCCUGAGGCCUCUUGUCGUGCGCGUACACACACUCGCCGCGAACGAGGCAAUAUAGCGAUGGAGGUCAGUCCGUCUCCUCCCGUCGGUGCACAAGCCUUCCCCAACCUGACGGAGCGCGGGCGGGGGCUUCGCUUGUUGGAGGGCGGGAGGAAACGGAGGUGGCUCCGCGUCGCGAUGGGCAGAGGGACCGUGCAGAUGCUGCUGCUCUUGGGGCUGCUCCACUGGGGCCCCGGCGGGGAGGGCAGGAAGAGCUGGAGGCGGCGCGGACAGCAGCAGCAACACCAGCAACACCAGCAGCAGCCCGCAGCGGCGGCCCGAGAACGGAGCGAAGCGGCCGGGCAGCCGGUGGAGAGCUUCCCAUUGGACUUUACCGCCGUGGAGGGGAACAUGGACAGUUUCAUGGCUCAGAUCAAGAGCCUGGCGCAGUCGCUCUAUCCUUGCUCCGCUCAGAAUCUGCAUCAGGAGCUGAGACUCCACUUACUGCUCAACAGCUCGGUCACCUGCAACGACGGCAGCCCUGCCGGAUACUACCUCAAAGAAUCGAAAGGCAGUAGAAGGUGGCUGCUAUUCCUGGAAGGAGGCUGGUACUGCUUUAACAGAGAAAAUUGUAAUAGUCGGUAUGACACGAUGAGAAGGCUUAUGAGCUCUAAGGAUUGGCCCAUUACAAGAACAGGAACUGGCAUUUUGUCUUCCCAACCAGAGGAAAAUCCACAUUGGUGGAAUGCAAAUAUGGUUUUCAUCCCCUAUUGCUCGAGCGAUGUCUGGAGUGGAGCCUCUGCCAAGACUGAGAAAAAUGAAUUUGUCUUCAUGGGUGCCCUCAUCAUCCAAGAGGUGGUAAAGGAGCUGGUGGGAAAAGGCCUUGGGAACGCUAAAGUGCUGCUGUUGGCAGGAAGCAGUGCUGGCGGAACAGGGGUGCUCUUAAAUGUGGAUCGGGUGGCCGAGCAGCUGGAACAGAUGGGAUAUCCUGGGAUUCAGGUCCGUGGCCUUGCAGACUCUGGCUGGUUCUUGGAUAAUAAACAGUACCGUAGAACAGACUGCAUUGAUACCAUAACCUGCGCCCCCACUGAGGCCAUCAGGAGAGGAAUUAGGUAUUGGAAUGGACUUGUUCCUGAACGCUGCAAAAUGCAGUUUAAAGAAGGAGACGAAUGGAAUUGUUUCUUUGGCUAUAAAAUUUAUCCUACUCUUCGAUGUCCUGUUUUCAUCGUUCAGUGGCUCUUUGAUGAAGCCCAACUCACUGUGGACAAUGUACAUUUGACUGGCCAGCCCGUGCAGGAGGGACAGUGGCUUUACAUUCAAAACAUGGGCCGUGAAUUAAGAAACACCCUCAAGGAUGUGGCAGCCAGCUUUGCUCCAGCUUGUUUGUCUCAUGAGAUCAUUACACGCAAUCACUGGACAGACAUCCAAGUGAAAGGGACCUCCUUACCCCGUGCCUUGCACUGCUGGGAUCGCAGCCUCCAUGACAGUAAUAAGAAUGGCAAGGCUCCAUUGAAAGGCUGCCCUAUCCACCUGAUUGACAGUUGUCCCUGGCCGCACUGUAACCCUUCAUGUCCUACCAUCCGGGAUCAGUACACAGGACAGGAGAUGAAUGUGAUCCAGUUUCUCAUGCAUAUGGGCUUUGAUGUGCAGAAGAUGGCACAGCAGCAAGGUCUGGAGCCCAGCAAACUUCUGGGGAUGCUGAGUAGUGGUAGCUAGGAGAGUUUUCCUUUAAGGAGGAUCGUGUGUGACUGCAUACAGAGAAGGUGCCUUUCAGCUCCACUCUCAAAUUUCCUAUCCUCCUUGCUCCUUUUUAAACUUAUAAGCAUCGGCACAGACACUCAAUCAAGGUCAUACUCGCACACUCUUGCACAGUUAGUAUGUUAGGGCGAAGAGAAGCUUGCCAACACCAGUCGACUGAAAGAUUACCUCUGCUUCAGGGACCGUCUCUGCCAAACAGAACCUCUGUCCACAACCAUUCAUUGAUGGUCUGCAGGGAGCAGUACAGUGCAUAGAAAUGCCAACAGCAAGAACUCUCUCCAGGGCUAAAAGGCCUGACAGCUUCCAAUAAUAUUUCACAUGAUAGACUGAUAACACUUUGUGGGAGGGGAAAGCACUGGAUUAUUUGUCCAAUUAGAAAUGAAGGUGUGAUCACAUGACUUCCUGGAGGCCAGCAUCUCACAAGGUAACAUAAUGUACAAACCAAGCACACAGGCUAGAAACGGACUUACCUUGUACUCAAUUUAAACUUUUGUAUUAUUUUAUUAAAUGAUGUUAUUACUUAAUUUUUAAAGAAAUAAGCAAGAAAUUUAAGAUUAAUGAUAUUGUUUUGUAACAUAUUUUUUUAAUAAUGAGACAGAACACCUUGUGCUAUUUUGGCAAUGUGAAAAUAUUUAUUUUAAUAUGUAAAUGCUAUUUAUAAGGGCUGACCCAAGAUAUGCUCACAUGUUGUUGUAAAGUUGUAAAUACUUCUCCUUUUGAAAGGUUUUCCUUCUGAUCAUGUGUGUGUGGGAGAGGGCAAGGGUCAGCAUUGGCAUUAUUAUAAUUGUUAUUAGAUCCCUAUGGCUGCACUGUGUGGUAUGUUUCUUUUUGCUUGGGAAGUGAAGAAAGAAUGCAAUAACAGCCUCAAAAAAGAGGUUUUGUGCUUCCUGUUCAACAGCCUUCUUCCUAAAAGAGGACUGCAUGAACUCUUCGGGACCUCACAUAAUCAUCUCACGCUUAAAACAGUAAUGUAACUAACUGUGGCUCAUUUUGUGAAGUACAAAUGUAGUAUAGGUUCUCAGGUCUAUGCUAUUACCUUUCUUCUCUGCUUGUAUAGCCCUGUGCAGGCAUUCACCUGCAACACAAAUAGAGCUGAAGUGGGGACUGA